AUGUCAGGCGACCUCAUUAUCUCGGGAGACUGCGGCGGCACUAACACGCGUCUGACGCUAUGGCUCAUUCCUACGGGCUCGGUAGCUUUCAAAGGAUCGGUGGCCCCCGGCGAGAUCUCGUUCGCGAAGAAGUACCACAAUGAGAACUAUGGCAGUUUCUCGGAAGUGUGCCACCUCUUUAUGAAAGAGGCCAAGUUGGGCGACCGACUGCCUGUGGCCUGUGUGCUGGCUUGUGCCGGCCCAGUCCUGAACAAUACGGUCGAGUUCACAAACAUCCAGGAUGGCUGGAAGAUUGACGGGCCUGGACUGGAAAAAGAGCUGGGGAUCACGACCGUCAAGUUGAUUAAUGACUUUGCUGCCAUGGGAUACGGUCUCCUCACCCUCAAACCUCAUGAGUACAUUGUACUAAACGAGGCUAAAAAGGAAGAGGGUAUGCCGAUUGCUACCAUUGGCGCUGGCACGGGCCUUGGCGAGUGCUAUUUAACAGCUGACAAAGAAGGACAGUACUCCUGUUUUGCCUGUGAAGGAGGUCACACGGAUUUUGCUCCAGCUGAUGCCAUUGAGAUCGAGCUCUACAAUUCCAUUAAGGAGGAGUUGGGCUGCGACCGCCGCUUUUCGGUCGAACGCAUUGUCAGUGGUCCGGGGCUUGCUACGAUCUACAAGUUCUUGGCUAACAAGUUCCCGGAGAAAGUGGACAGCAAGGUGCACGACGCAUUCCUCGCUGCCAAGUCGUUGCAGGGCAAGAUUGUGGGUGACAAUGCUAAGACGAACGCACUGUGCAACCAGGCGAUGGAGAUGUUUGUCGACGCGUACGGUCGCGAAGCUGGGUCGGCCAUGCUCAAGUACCUCCCUCGUGGUGGCUUUUACAUUACGGGUGGGUUGGCUCCGAAGAACCUCGACUACUUUACGAAGAAGGAUAUUUUCCUCAAGGCUUGCUUUAACAAGGGCCGCGUCAGUCCGUCGAUCCAGGGUAUCCCUGUUUACCUGGUUCUCACGGAGGACCUGGGUGAACGUGGUGCACACUAUUACGCCUACCAGCUGCUGGAGUCGUACAACAACAGCUUGCUGGGCAAUGCCAUUGCCCGUGAGCGUGUGCACGAGAAAUUCGCGACUGUCAAUCACAUUGCACUUUACUCGUUCAUCGCCACACUGAGCGUCGUGACCGGGUUCAUUCUCGGGCGGAAGUAA